AUGGAUCUGAGAAGGCGUUUACUUUUGAUUUUGUUACUGUUUUCGGCUCAAUUUAUUUGCUUGGUGAAGGGGAAUGUUGUAUUUAAAGUUCAACACAAAUUCGGAGGUCGUGUGCUGGGGAGAUCGGCUCUUAGUGAAUUUCGGGCCCACGAUUCGCUCCGGCACGGCAGAAUGCUGGGGGCGGUUGAUUUGCAGUUAGGCGGCAACGGCCAGCCCACUGACGCCGCGCUCUAUUACACUAAACUUUCAAUUGGUAGUCCUUCCAAUGACUAUCACGUCCAGGUCGAUACAGGAAGUGACAUUCUAUGGGUGAAUUGCGCUGGCUGUGAUAAGUGUCCUACAAAAAGCGACCUGAAAAUAGCUUUGAAGCAGUAUGACUUGCAGACCUCCUCAACUGGAAAGGCAGUUACUUGCGAUCAAGACUUUUGCUCCGCUAUGUUUAAUGGUCCAUAUUCAGAUUGCAAGGUGGGAGCGUCCUGUGACUAUGCUGUUACUUAUGGAGAUGGGAGCAGAACAGAGGGAUACUUCGUUAGAGAUUACAUCAAACUUGAUGAAGUGACUGGAAACCUUCAAACCUCAUCCAUGAAUGGGUCCAUAGCAUUUGGGUGCUCAUCCAAACAAUCUGGAGAGUUAGGUUCAUCUUCUGAAGCUGUUGAUGGCAUUCUUGGUUUUGGACAAGCAAAUACGUCCGUGCUUUCGCAGCUUGCUUCGUCUGGGAAAGUGAAGAAAAUAUUUUCACAUUGCCUGGAUGGUGUCAAUGGAGGUGGCAUAUUUGCAAUUGGACAGUUGGUACAGCCAAAAGUAAAAUCAACACCGCUGGUCCCAAAUGAGGCACAUUAUAAUGUCAUUAUGAAGGCAGUUGAGGUGGGUGGUGAUUCUCUAGACCUCCCAACAGAUUUGUUUGGCACAGGUUCUCAGAGAGGGACAAUAAUCGAUAGUGGUACAACCUUGGCCUAUCUUCCAGAUGAGAUUUAUGAACCACUUCUGAAAAAGGUGAUGGCACGGCAACCCAAUCUAAAAACUCAAAUAGUUGAGCAGCAGUUCAAAUGCUUUGAUUACAGUGGGAAUGUCGAUAAUGGAUUUCCAGUUGUCACUUUUCAUUUUGAGGACUCACUUUCUUUGACGGUUUAUCCCCACGAAUAUCUAUUCAAAAUUAGUGAUGAUGAGUGGUGUAUCGGUUGGCAGAACAGUGGAAUGCAGACAAGGGAUGGAAAGGAAAUAACCCUGUUGGGAGAUCUUGUCUUAUCAAACAAGCUCAUUUUGUAUGACCUCGAAAAUCAGACCAUUGGAUGGACAGUAUAUAAUUGCUCUUCGAGCAUCAAAGUGAGAGAUGAAAAGUCGGGAAACAGUUAUACGGAAAGAAAUCUAUCGACCGAUCCGGUGGUUCUAUGGCUCAAUGGUGGACCUAGUUGUUCCAGUUUUGAUGCCUUUGUCUAUGAGCACGGGCCAUUCAAUUUUGAUGCAGCAAAGCAAGAAGGGGGAUUGCCCACUUUGCAUCUCAAUCCUUGUAGUUGGUCUAUGUGGUUCGAGCAAUUUCCGGAGUUUAUUGGCAAUGAGCUUUACAUUGCUGGGGUUUAUGUCCCUACUCUUGCUUCUACAAAGGGUUACAUGGUUGGAAAUGGGAUAUGUGAUCCAAGAUUUGAUUAUGGGGAUGCUCUUGUCCCAUUCGCACAUGGGAUGGGCCUAAUCUCAGAUCAUAUACGUGCAGGAGUACAAGGAAAUACGAGUAAUCGGUUGCCAAUGUCAUCUGAUAAACCACUCCCGGUUAGAAAAAGAAUGUAUGGUCGAGCUUUGCCUUUUCGAGCACCGGUCGAAGAUGGACUUAUUCCUUAG